AGUUUGUGGAUAAAGUGUGACAAAAAUAUUUUAAGUGAAUUUUGCAGCAGAUUGUUUUGUGUAGUGUGAAAAUAUACUUCUUUGAAAUAAAUCAUUUAAUAUUUUUUACUUCAUUAAAAUAAAGAAACUCGUAGUUUGAGUUUGUGUAAUGUCUUUAUCAAGUAUUUUACCUUCACCCUCGAACCCCGUUUGGGACAGGGAAGAUGAACGUCGUGUCUCUCAAAAGUCGAAAAUCAUUGGUGCACCUAUGGGUGCAUUGGUGUCAGCGAAAAUUGCAGCACCACCUUAUGGUCAACGCAAAGAUUGGAUACCUCGUACUGAAGCGGAUUUUGGCGAUGGUGGAGCUUUCCCAGAAAUUCAUGUGGCACAAUAUCCCUUGGGUAUGGGCAGUCCAUCAAAUCUAAAUAAAAAGUCAAAUGCCUUGGCAGUGCGUUUAGACGAAAAGGGAAAAAUCAAAUAUGAUGCUAUUGCACGUCAAGGUCACGGUAAAGAUAAGAUCGUGUACUCUUCAAUAUCGCAGUUACUUCCAGCAGAGGUGUUAGCUGAAGACGCUGAAGAAUUACAACGUCCUGAUGCCGAAACCGUUGCUGAUACAACAGAAGAAACGAGACGCGCCUUGGAAAAGCUUACAAAUGCCAAAAUCGCUGCUGCAAUGCCCGUACGACAUGCGGAGAAAACAGCGCCAGCACAAUAUAUACGCUAUACACCGUCACAACAAGGUGAUGCGUUCAAUUCUGGAGCGAAACAAAGAGUUAUCCGUAUGGUUGAAGCACAACAAGACCCCAUGGAACCACCAAAGUUUCGCAUUAAUAAGAAAAUACCACGUGGGCCACCUUCGCCACCUGCUCCAGUACUGCAUUCACCCUCACGUAAAGUUACAGUUAAAGAACAGAAAGAGUGGAAAAUACCACCGUGCAUUUCUAAUUGGAAGAAUGCAAAAGGUUACACAAUUCCACUAGAUAAAAGAUUGGCUGCUGAUGGACGUGGUUUGCAACAAGUGCACAUUAGUGAAAAAUUCGCUAAAAUGGCUGAAGCAUUGUAUAUAGCUGAUCGUAAAGCUCGAGAGGCGGUAGAGGCGCGAGCUACACUGGAAAAGAAAUUAGCGCAAAAAGAGAAGGAAAAGAAGGAGGACAUGUUAAGAAUGAUGGCACAGCGAGCUCGAGAGGAGCGUGCUGGACUCCGUCAGCCGGAAGACCAAGCUACCAUGAAUCCGGAAACACGCGAACGUAACGAGUUAAGAGCCGAACGUCAUCGUGAGCGUCAAAGAGACAGAAACUUGGCACGCGCUGCACCAGAAAAACGUUCCAAAUUACAGCGUGAACGCGAACGUGACAUAUCCGAACAAAUUGCUCUCGGUAUGCCCGCGAAAUCAUCCGGUAACGGGGAAACCAUGUUUGAUCAACGUCUAUUCAACACAACAAAGGGUAUGGACUCCGGUUAUGGAGAUGACGAGGCAUACAAUGUAUAUGACAAACCAUGGCGCGAUUCAAAUUCAUUGGCUUCACAUUUAUAUCGUCCAAGCAAGCAGAUGGACAAUGACGCAUAUGGCGCUGACUUAGAUCGCAUUGUAAAUACACAACGUUUCGUGCCUGAUAAGGAAUUUUCGGGUACUUCGCGUGGAGCUGGUGGUGCCGCUCAGCGUUCUGGACCAGUACAAUUCGAAAAGGAGGAGGAUCCGUUCGGUUUGGAUCAGUUCUUGAACAUGGCCAAGAAAGCACCAAAACGUUCGGAAGACAAGAGUGAUCGUAGCAACUCUGAUAAAAAACGCAGAAAAGACUAAGCAGCUUAGUGUUUUUGAUUACUAAUUUUCCGUAGCUAAAUAAGUUAAAUAAUGUGUUGUAAAAACAUAUAUUAGUUUAUUUUGACAUUUAACCAACACUCAGGCAUAAUUCGUGACAUUUUGAAGUAAAUUUACCUAAAUUUGCCUUCAGCUAUGGCAUUACUCAUGUAAAUAGUUUAAAAAAACUUAAUAGAUAACAAAUUUAUGUACAAAUUUGUUCCUAAUGUAUGCCUCUAGCUCAUGAAUUCAUAUUCUGCUAAAAUUGUAUGAACUUUGAAUAAAUUAAAUAAUAAAGGAAUUUAA